UAUGGUUGAAAACGAGCAGCGGUGCAGCCGGAACGCAGGAGCCGAGCCCUAGCUAAAUGUGACUGAUCAGAUCAUCGCAUCUUCGAUCGCGGAAUCGCAUCAGACGGAGGACAAGAGGGAGAGAGGGAAGAGACGGGAAGAAAACAUCGCUGCAUUUAUUUCCCCUCUGGAUUUUCGGCCCCCCUCCUCCACCCUGUGUGUCGAUGAAUUCAUGACCUGGGCACCGACCGACGUUCUCUCUCCCGAUGUUUUUCUCCAUCUGAGGCGCGGGGAUUUAUUCCAUAUAAUUUUUUUUUUUUUUUUUUUUUUUAAACGAUAUAUUUUUUAAAUAAAAGAAACAAAAAAAGAAACGGGUCAUUAUGCUUUUAUUGCCAACCCAUGACAGAAGACGUUUGACUAUAUUGUAUCCAGGGGCGUUGUGCUUGCAAUCCUUUCUAUGGAUUUUAUGUGCCGCGCGCGGAGAGGACCAGCCUUUCAGUGUAGAGGCCUGGCUGCAGAGGUACGGGUACCUGCCCCCCACCGACCCUCACCUGUCGGUCCUGCGCUCAGCACAGACCAUGCAGUCUGCUAUCGCUGCCAUGCAGCGCCUCUAUGGGCUCAACAUCACCGGCUCCCUGGACAUCAACACCAUCGACUGGAUGAAGAAGCCUCGUUGUGGGGUGCCGGACCAGCUGGGGGGCGCCUCGAAAUUCAACGUGCGGAGGCGGCGGUACGCCCUCACGGGACAGCGGUGGCAGCACCGGCACAUCACGUACAGAAAUAAAGGAAACGACCUCUUCCUGGUGGCGGUGCAUGAGCUGGGCCACGCCCUGGGCCUGGAGCACUCCAACGACCCCACCGCCAUCAUGGCUCCGUUCUACCAGUACAUGGACACGGACAACUUCAAACUGCCCUACGACGACCUGCAGGGCAUCCAGAAGAUCUACGGGCCGCCCGACAAGGUUCCGCAGCCCACCCAGCCCCUGCCCACGGCCCCCCCGCCCCGCUCGCCCCCCUCCAGCCCCCGAAAGCACGACCCGCAGACCCGCCCGCCCCGGCCCCCGACGGGAGACCGGCCGUCCCUCCCCAGCGGCAAGCCCGACAUCUGCCACGGCGGGUUCAACACCCUGGCCAUCCUGCGCCGCGAGAUGUUCGUCUUUAAGGAUCAGUGGUUCUGGCGUGUUCGGGACAAUGCGGUGAUGCCGGGGUACCCCAUGCAGAUCGCCUACUUCUGGAGGGGCCUGCCCCCCAAGAUCGACGCCGUGUACGAGAACAGCGAGGGGAAGUUUGUGUUCUUCAAAGGGAACCGGUUCUGGGUGUUCAAGGACACAACGCUGCAGCCGGCGUUCCCCCAGGACAUCUCCAUGUUCGGCAGCGGCAUGCCCACGCACAACAUCGAGACCGCCGUCUGGUGGGAGGACGUGGCCAAGACCUACUUCUUCAAAGGAGACCGGUAUUGGCGGUACAAUGAGGAGAUGAGGACCAUGGAUCCCGGCUACCCCAAACCCAUCACAGUGUGGAAGGGCAUCCCAGAUUCACCCCAAGGGGCCUUCGUGGACAAAGCCAACGGGUUCACCUACUUCUACAAGGGGAAGGAGUACUGGAAGUUCAGCAACCAGAAGCUGCGGGUGGAGCCGGGCUACCCCCGGUCCGUCCUGCGGGACUUCAUGGGCUGCGACGAGGCGCAGGAGCCGGACCGGGACCGGGAGCGGGACAGGGAGCGGGACCGGGAGCGGCGCCCCCCGCCGGAGGACGUGGACAUCGUCAUCCAGCUGGACGACGCGGCGGGCACGGUGAAGGCCGUGGCCAUCGUCAUCCCCUGCGUGCUGGCGCUGUGCCUGCUGGCGCUGGCGCUGGUGUACACCGUGCUGCAGUUCAGACGCAAGGGCACGCCCCGGCACAUACUGUACUGCAAGCGCUCCAUGCAGGAGUGGGUGUGA